AUGGGCCUAGCGGUGGUCGAGGCCGAGCUCACCGUGGCGCCCCACGUACCGCCGCCCAUCGCCCGCCGCGAUCCGGUCCUGCUGCGCGUGAAGAUGGACUCGCAGGUGACCGAGGCCCAGCUCGAACCACCCCAGUCCUACGAUUUCUGGACCUUCUCCGGCACCGUGCCAGGUCUCUUCAUCCGCGCUCGCGUUGGCGACACCAUGGAGGCGCGGCCCCCAACGCAUGUGGAGCUGACGAACAAGGAUGAGUCAGGUAUGCUGCACAACCUGGACUUCCAUUCGGUGGUCGGUCCGGGCGGCGGCGCUCCGCUACUCACCGUGGGGGCGGGCGAGACCAAGCACGCCUGGUUCAAGCUGCUGCACCCCGGUAGGAUUCUCCCCCGACUGUUCAUCUAUCACUGCGCGGUCGACCCCGUGGGGAUGCACAUCGCCAACGGCAUGUACGGUAUGAUGCUCGUGGAGCCGGCCGAGGGACUGCCGCCGGUGGACAAGGAGUUCUUUGUGGUACGACCAGAACCGAUGACGUGUCGUACGACUUGGCGCGGCCUUCUGCCUUGA